AUGGACAAAGGAAUGGCAUCUGAGCCUCCACAUCAGUUUCUUUCUAAAAAGUCAGUGACCUAUGAAGAUGUGCGCAUUGACUUCACUCAGGAUGAGUGGGCUUUGCUCAAUCCUUCUCAGAAGAGUCUCUACAAAGAUGUGAUGCUGGAGACACGCACAAACCUCACAGCCAUAGGCUACAGUUGGGAAGACCAUAAUUCUGAAGAACAUUGUCAAAGUGCUAGAAGACACAGAAGUCAUCUUCAAAGGCACAAAAAUAACCAUUCUGCAGAGAAACCGUGUGAUGUUAUUCAAUAUGAUGAAGCCUUUGCAGGUACCAGUUGUCUCCAAAAACAUGCUGGAGAGAAACAGUAUGAAUGUAACCAAUUCAGUAAAGCUCUUGCCAGUCAUGGUAAGCUCCAAAAACAUAAAAGAAAAUAUAGUGUAGAGAAGCCCUUUGAAUGUAAUCAGUGUGAUAAAGCUUUUUCACAACCCUCUAAACUCCAAAGACAUAAAAGAACACAUAGUGGAGAGAAACACCAUGAAUGUACUCAAUGUAGUAAAGUCUUUGCGAAUCAAUAUGAUCUUCAUGUACAUAAAAGAACACAUACUGGAGAGAAACCCUACUCAUGUAAUCAAUGUGGUAAAGCCUUUUCACAGAAAAGUCAUCUCCGAGUACAUGAAAGAACACAUACUGGAGAGAAACCCUAUGAAUGUACUGAAUGUGGAAAAUUCUUUGCAGAUCACAAUAAUCUUCAAGUUCAUAAAAGAACACAUACUGGAGAGAAGCCCUUUGCGUGUAAUCAAUGUCAUAAAACAUUUUCACAGAAGAGUAAUCUUCGUGUACAUCAAAAAACACAUACUGGAGAGAAACCCUAUAAAUGUACUAAAUGUAGAGAAUUCUUUGAAUAUCAUAAUGAUCUUCAAGUACAUGAAAGAACACAUUCUGGCGAGAAGCUUUUUGCAUGUAAUCAAUGUGAUAAAGUCUUUUCAAACAAUAGUAAUCUCCGCUUCCAUCAAAGAACACAUACUGGAGUGAAGCCCUUUGAAUGCAAUCAAUGUGGUAAAGCUUUUUCACGACGCUCUAAACUCCAAAUACAUGAAAGAAUACAUACUGGAGAGAAACCCUAUGAAUGUACUGAAUGUGGUAAAUUAUUUGCAUAUCUCGAUAAUCUUCAAGUACAUAAAAGAACACAUACUGGAGAGAAGCCCUUUGCGUGUAAUCAAUGUGAUAAAGCCUUUUCACAGAAGAGUAAUCUCCAUGUACAUGAAAGAACACAUACAGGAGAGAAGCCCUAUGAAUGUAAUCAGUGUGGUAAAGCCUUUUCAUAUGUUAGUGUUCUUCAAUAUCACCAAAGAACACAUACUGGAGAGAAACCUUAUAAAUGUAAUCAAUGUAGUAAAGCCUUUGUAUCUUGUAGAAGUCUCCACAUCCAUCAAAGAACACAUGCUAAAUAGAAACCCUGCAAUUAUAGUCAAUGUGGUAGAGACUUUGUAUGUGUCAUCAGGCUUUAAAAUCUUGAGAAAAAAAAAUCAUAUUGCAGAGAAACUUU